AUGGUCAAGGUCCUCAUCAUCAUGGCCGACUAUGGCCACGAUCCUACAGAGGUCGCCGUCCCCUACCAGGCCUUCAAAGAUGCUGCCUUCGACGUGAACUUUGCCACCGAAACGGGCAAAACCCCCCGAUGCGAUAGCAGGAUGCUCGAGGGCCUCUCCCAGAAGCUGCUGGGCGCCGCCGCCUCGGCCAUGAAGCUGUACGAGUCCAUGACGGAAUCUGCAGAAAUGCAGCAGCCGCUGUCGUGGACCGCCCCGGACUUCUCCCUCGAUGACUUUGACGUCGUGCACAUCCCCGGCGGCCACGACAAAGACGUGCGCCAGCUCAUGGACAAUGCCGUCGUUCAGAAGCUGUUCGCCGACUACUUUCCCAAGACGAAGAAGCCUGGCAAGAAGGUCGUGGGCGCCAUCUGUCAUGGGCCGCUGGUGCUCUGCAACGCCAAGGGAGAGGAUGGAAACAGCGUUCUAUACCACUGCACGACCACGGCGCUUCCUGCGUGCUUCGAGUCGGUGGCCUUUCACGGGACUAGGCUAUUUCUAGGCGACUACUACAAGACCUACGGUGCUGGCAGCGAGAAUGUCGAGACUUCAAUGAAAAAGGUGCUCAAAGACCCCAGCCAGUUCAAGUCCAGUUGGGUCCCAAACCGGCCGUUUGUGGUCGAGGACACAGAGUACAAUUACAUCAGUGCGCGGUUCCCUCCUGAUGCGGCCAAAUAUUCCGAGAUGGUGGUGAACCUGGCCCAUCUCGUUCAAAGUUACAAGAGUGAUGAGUCGCGUGCGCAGUAG